ACUUCAAAAGUUGACUCGGAUGGCUUCUGUUCCAUAGGAAUCAUAUUCCACCAAAUAAUCAGAGUGUAUUAAACUUUACUGCCAAUUUGGGCAGCACAUCUAAGCUCAAAUGCAAGAACUUUCACUGCAUAAUGUUAUCUUUCUUCUGACUCUUGUGUCUACCGGAAAGUUUCUCUGGUACUUGAUUCACUUCAUCAGGGAUACCAUUCCGCGCAAAAAUGAUGUAAAUAGGCAAGCUAAAAUGUAUUUUAAUGAUAGCUGGCCCUAUUUAAUCAUAAUGACCUGCCAAAUGGUCUAUUAUAUUUCUCUUGAGAAAUACGAUGAUCUUUGCAGUUUUACUAUAUAUUCUGCUAUAUAUGCCACUAUAUUGUUCCUCUGUCAGAACUGGGAUGAUAAAACGCUCUUAGCUAAGAAAAUAUUCUUAAGAAAUUCUUAUGAUUUGGAUCGUGCAAGUGGAAUGGCAGAAAAUUUCUACCACGGAUACCUCAACAUAAUUCUCCCUCACAGGGGAGAUGGAAAUAAGGGGAUCGUGGAAAGAAUCAAUGACUUUGAAGACAAAGAAGGUAUUACGAUUCCAGUAAAGAAGCUUCUAUUGGUGCUUCCCAGGGAUCUUUACUUUCCUCCAUUGCUCUCUGAUGCAAGUAACAAAAUUCAAACAAUCGCUAAUCUGGAAGGAACUAGGCGUGAUCGAGCAGGAACGACAAAUCGUAUAUACAAAAAUUCGGUAUAUAAGCUCCUUCCCCAAAAUUACUAUGUCGUGGCAGAAGCAGCAACGCCCCUUCUCUCCUUCUAUGAAGGAAUAAAAAACCAGGAUAGUGAAUCAAAGAUCCUGGCUGAAGAAGUAUACGAGAAAUUUUGCAAAUAUAUCGAGGAUCUCUUGAAAUCUAGUCCAGAAUGCCGAGAUUUGAUCAUCCCUGUACGUGUGCCAAAUAGAGACAGCGGAGAGAGUGCAGACUUGGCCAAAAUCCUUUCAGAUGUGAUUGAGAAGUAGCUCCUUCCUCCACAAUCUUCUAUGGACCAUUACCAACGGGAAAUAAAAUUUUUUAUUUUGAA